UAUCUGUGCAACGUUUAUCAAGCGUAUUCUCUUGUUACUGUGCGCCGCGUAUCUGAUGCACGCGGUCAUUGUUCACAAGCGCUAUUGUAUCGCUAGCCAAUCGCAUGCCUCGGCUGCACCCAUGCUCCCUUUAUAAGGCGAAGCCACUGAAUCGUUGCUGUCUGUUAUGUUCAUGUUGCUGUCCGAAUAAAUACUUGACUUCACGGCGUCUCUGGUCAACAUGGCGACGAGGAUGGGACCGUUCGGGCAGAAGCAAUGACCAAGCCUGAGGAAACGGCAACGGCGCCACGGCAAGCGAGGACAUCAGUGAUGACCAACACCCUGGGAUCUUUGGCCGAGUUCUGCCCAGACUCUGGCAAUAUCGAAGUCUACCUGGAAAGGUUCGACCUGUAUGCAACCGCCAAUGGAAUAGACUCAAGUAAGAAGUUGCAAGUCUUCUUAACAAUCCUGGGUGAAAAGGCUUACGUGACUCUGCGUAGCCUGCUGCUGCCGAAGAAACCAACGGAAGUCAAGUACGAAGAAGCUACAGAAGCUCUCCGAAAGCACUAUGCUCCAAAACGGUCAGUGGUUACCGAACGGUAUCGCUUUUACCAGCGAAAGCAAGAGCCGGACGAAAGCCUAAAGCAGUUCAUCGUCGAGCUGAAAAGACUGGCUGCAACGUGCUCGUUUGGAAGCUUUUUGGAAGAAGCGCUCCGGGAUCGACUGAUUGCUGGACUCAGGACGGAUUCGAUUCGAUGCCGUCUUCUUGCCUUGUCAGACGACGAAGUCACCUGGGAGCGAGUAUGCAAAAUUGCCACCGCCUUGGAAACGGCCCAGAAAGACACCCGAGAAAUGCUACCGGAGGGGUCAACCGCCAGUCCUGCCGACGUUUACUGGCAUCGGGAGCCCACCACGCAAGGCAGGCGACACGCGACCAAGACGGCUAGCAGCGAGCAGCGUGCCCCCCAAAACGGUCCAAGGAAGCAACGUGGGAAAGGCAUUGUUCGCGCCUGUCAUAGAUGCGGCGGACUGCACGCGCCAGUGAGUUGUCCUUUUCUCAAAAGUACCUGCUUCAAAUGCUCGAAGCCAGGGCAUGUAGCGAAAAUGUGCAAAACUAAGGUCGUGCACAAAGUUGAGGAGACCUUGCCGUCAACAGACUUGCUGACUGUUAGUACGACUAACCAAGUUCAUAGCUCUCCGCCUAUUGUGCUUAAAGUAAAAGUAAACGGCAAGGAGAUUCCGAUGGAACUAGACACGGGAGCAGCUGUGACCAUAAUGUCUGAAAGAGACUUUGAUGAAAAUUUUCCAAAUUACCCAUGUUCCAAAGACGACGUGCGUCUAGGAGUGUAUAAUGGCACUGCACUCAAAGUGAAAGGCGUAGCAAAGGUCAAUGUGUCUUAUCAGAACCGAAGCUACGAUCUGCCUCUGAUAGUCGCAAAGCAAGAAAAUGAAGCCCGCAUGCCGACGCUUUUAGGUCGAGAUUGGAUGACUACACUAAAAGUUGACCUGCAAAAUGCUGUUCAGCAGUUGCAAUGUGACGUGGAUAACGUACAGGAGGGCAGGCAGAUGGUAGCAGCGGAAGCUGAAAAGAAGUUGAAACAGUUGUACGGUGAUGUGUUUGAGCCAGGCUAUGGUUCUAUCAAAGGAUUCACUGGUAGUAUACGAAUGAAAACCGAUGUGCAUCCAACUUUUUGUAAGGCGAGACCAGUACCAUAUGCCUUGCGCGAACAAGUGGAGAAUGAAUUGCGUGACCUUGAGAAAGCUGGUGUGGUGUACAGAGUCAGGCACAGUGAUUGGGCUACACCGCUAGUUAUCGUGCCAAAGAAAACAGGAAAAGAAAUUAGGAUAUGUGGCGAUUACAGAGUCACGGUCAAUCGGGAUAUUGAACUUGACCACUAUCCACUGCCUCUGCCAGAAGACAUAUUCGCGUCACUGGUUGGAGGGACCGUGUUCACCUUACUAGAUUUGUCGAAGGCUUACCUACAGCUUGAGCUGGAUGAGCAGGCACAGCAACUGCUCACGGUGAAUACGCACAUGGGACUUUUCAGGUUCCGGCGAUUGCCGUACGGAGUGGCAAGCGCACCCGCAAUGUUUCAGGCCGUGAUGGACCAGGUUUUACAAAACAUACCUGGGACAGCCUGUUACCUGGACGAUGUGUUAAUAGCAGGUAAAAACCUGACGGAGUGCUAUCACCGUUCCCAGAAAGUGCUAGAAGCGCUUAGUAAGCACGGCAUUCGUGUAAACGCAGGGAAAUGCAAAUUUUUCCAAGAAAAUGUUUGUUACUUGGGGCACGAGCUAGACAAGCAUGGCGUACACCCAGCAGCGGAAAAAGUAAAGGCGAUUCGAGAAGCGCCAAAACCAAGUAAUGUGACUCAGCUAAAGGCAUUUUUGGGCCUAGUAAACUACUACGCUAAAUUUUUGCCUGACCUAGCAAAUGUGCUAGAACCUCUCCACCAACUGUUGCGCAAGGGCAGCACAUGGAAAUGGUCGAGCCAGUGUGACGCAUGUUUCAGUCGCUGUAAAAAUUUGAUCAGUGAAGACACGGUCUUGGAACUGUAUGAUGUAACGAAAGAAAUACAGCUGACAUGUGACGCUUCUGCUUACGGCUUAGGCGCAGUGCUGUCGCACGUGGUUGAGGGUGUAGAGCGACCGAUCGCGUUUGCAUCGCGGACGAUGACGCCUGCUGAGCGUAACUACGCGCAAGUGGAAAAAGAAGCGCUUGCAGUUGUUUUUGGAGUGAAGAAAUUUCAUAAAUAUCUGUACGGGCGUACGUUUAGUGUAAUCACUGAUCACCAGUCGCUCACAGUCAUAUUUGAAGCAAAGCACCACACAAAUGCAGUAGCUGCAGCUCGUGUGCACCGCUGGGGAAUUUUUCUUGCUAACUACAGUUUUCGUAUUUUGCACAGACCAGGAACAAAGAUAGCCAAUGCAGAUGGUUUAUCACGCCUUCCACUGCCGGAAGCCGGUGACGAGGCAGAAGAAAUCUUUUAUUUUUCGCCUGUCAAUAAACUCCCCAUAACUGCGAAAGAUAUCGAGCGUGAAACUGUGAAAGAUCCAGUUCUCAGCGCUGUUCGUGAAAUGGUAUGGCACGGAUGGCCGCGGGCUGUGGACGCUCAUUAUCAGCCUUUCUUCGUGAGGCGAUUUGAACUUUCAGUGGAUUGCGGCUGUUUGGUGUGGAACAACAGAGUCGUGAUACCACAUUCGCUUCAAAGUGAAGUUAUGUGUUUGUUGCAUGAGCAACACAUUGGCAUUACAAAGAUGAAAGCUCUUGCAAGGUCAAUGGUUUGGUGGCCAAAGAUAGACAACUGCUUGGAACAAACUGUAAAGCAGUGUGAAAUUUGUCAAAGCACAAAAUCUUUGGUGCCACUAGCGCCGCUUUCAUCUUGGAAGUGGUGCACAAGCAGUUGGGAGAGGAUACAUCUAGACUUUGCUGAAAAAGAAAAAAAGAUGUUCCUUUUAGCUGUAGAUUCCUAUUCCAAAUGGUUGGAAAUAAGAGUCAUGACGUCAACGACCGCGCAAAGCACGAUCGAAACAGUGCGCUCGUUGUUCGCAAGUCAUGGCCUACCUAAAGAGGUAGUCACUGAUAACGGGCCGCAGUUUCGUGCAAAAGAGUUUGAGGACUUCCUAUUGUCAAACGGGGUUAAGCACACGCUUACUCCACCAUAUCAUCCUCAGUCCAACGGUUCGGCCGAACGUGCAGUUCAAACAGUAAAGCAGUCGCUGUUGAAGCAAUUACUGGAAGACCAGAGGAAUAAAAGUUCCAGGUCACUGCAGCACAGAAUUGAUAAUUUUCUGUUCGCCUAUAGAACAACGCCGCAUACAUUCACCGGCCAAACACCAGCUGAACUCUUUGUGAGGAGGAAGUUGCGCACAAGGUUGUCGUUAUUGAAACCAGAUAUGCAGGAUGCAAUAAAUGCAAAAUGUGAGAGUACUGUACGUAGUGCAAACAAGAGGAGGAGUUCACCCAGAGUAUUUUCUGUUGGGGAUAGAGUGUUUGUGCGUUCAGUACGUGGGGAACAGGUGAAAUGGCGUCCAGGCAAGAUUGUGGAUGUGAAAUCGGCAAUGACAUACCUUGUGGUUGUGGAUGGACAGACGCGGUUUGUGCACGCGGAUCAUUUGCGACAUUCUUGUGUAAAGCCUGGUAGUGUUGUGAAAGAAAAGGAUGUACCUUUGCCACAUGCAAGUGAACUGCUUGAAAGUGAAAGUUUCCUUGCUCCCGCCUCAAACCGGCCAGUGUUGGAUCGUAGUGAUGGUGGCCCACACUCACAUGGAGCCCAAAGUGCAUCAUCGUCAGAACAAAACGAUGCCGGUUCACCUGUGCUACCCAGGCGCAGCGCUCGUGAUAAGCGGAAGCCGGAUCGUCUGACGUAUGACAGAUUCUGAUCUUGUUGGAGGGGAAGUGUUGUAUCUGUGCAACGUUUAUCAAGCGUAUUCUCUUGUUACUGUGCGCCGCGUAUCUGAUGCACGCGGUCAUUGUUCACAAGCGCUAUUGUAUCGCUAGCCAAUCGCAUGCCUCGGCUGCACCCAUGCUCCCUUUAUAAGGCGAAGCCACUGAAUCGUUGCUGUCUGUUAUGUUCAUGUUGCUGUCCGAAUAAAUACUUGACUUCACGGC